ACACACACUGACACACGCAGUAAAAAACCAACCGUAUAAAUAUAUACACAGUCAUUAAUUUUAUUACUAUUGCUGUAAUACACCCAAAUUCUCCGUGUCUCUGAUCACCCCUUUCAAUCCUUGAGCAGAAAGCCGUUGGAUGGCCCUUCUUGUUAAUGGCAAUGGAUCUGCUAUCCAGAAAGAAGAGGAGUUAUCUGGUUUCAUAUUCAUGUGCAGUGGAGUGACAAAACCUCAGUGUUACCUAAAUCGUGUUUUUGGGCUUCCUGCGGCAAGAAGGGAAGUUGUUGAGAAGAUCAAACCGGGUACCAAGUUGUUUCUGUUCGAUUUUGAUGCGAAGCUUCUCUAUGGUGUGUAUGAGGCCACUUCCAAGGGAGGGGUGAACUUGCAACCGUCUGCUUUUGGGGGAAGGUUUCCAGCGCAGGUGCAAUUUAAAAUUUGCAACGAUUGUAUUCCACUGCCCAUGAGUUCUUUCAGAACUGCUAUCAAAGACAAUUAUCAAGGCUCCAAAUUUACACCAGAACUUAAUGCCCAGCAGGUGAGAGACCUUCUGUUGCUGUUUAAGCCCAUUGUUGCACCAUCGACUGCUUCACCACACCCUGCAGUAGCUUAUUCUGCACCCGAAACACAGAUGCUAGCUUUAGCACCAAAUACUGCACUCAGACCAUGGAUGCAACCUCAAGCACUUUAUGGUGUAUCGGGACCAAGGAUGCCGCCUCCAGCAAGUAAUGGAAGGAUUAACCCUUCAUUAAUCCGAUAUUCACAGAAUCGCUAUCGACCUUACCAGGUUGGACCAUUACAUAAUCGUUCACUACGAAUAACGCAGCCUCAGCUUAUUCUGAAAAAUGAGCUAAAUCCACAUUUACACCGUCCCCAUCCAUAUACCCCUCAUCAAGCCCCUCCAGCCCCUGUUAAUCCAUAUCAAUUUCCAGAGAAUCGACCAACGUACCUCUCUAAUGAACUAUAUUCAAGGUAUUUGACAACGCCUGUGGUGGAUCCACAUGAUCAAAGAGUUGGCUUGGAUGGUGGAUACAGUGGUCAAGUCAUACAACCCGUUUACAAUCAUGUUGAUGGUUAUCCUCAGGGUCACAACGCCUACACCCCAAAACCUUCUUAUGUUUCUCCACAAGGACCACAUCUGUCGACUCAACCUCCUUACAGUGCCCCAAUAUACACGCAAUUACAGUCUGUGCCUGCUAAAGGACCUGAGGUGGUCGGUUCAAGUAUGCCCGUCUCAAAUUCUUAAUCUUUUGAUGGGGGCUUGCAGUGAGACAUUGACAACUUGUUAGAAGAUAGUUGACAUUGGAACGAAAUGACAUGUAUUUAGUUGUAAUCUGAUGGGUUAGUUUGUCUCUGUGUAUGGGAUAUAUUAGUUUGCAUUAGGAAUUCAGAAUUGUCAACUUACAAAGUAGCUCUUUUAUUUGGACGGUGAUAAUAGAGAUUUGUACAGCAUAUUUGCAAGAUACAAAAGAGAGAACUUCAACAUCG